CGGGAUUGAGAGGGGAGUGGGCAGCGCUCGGGAAUAACGCCCCGGACCCGGAGCCCCGGCUGCACAGCCUCAGACUUCCCAGAAAGCCCGCAGUCUAGACAAGCUGGGUUCAGAUUCUCCCCUCUCGGAGAGUUCUCAGGAAGUUUGGGGGAGGGGCGAGCCGCUGUCUCCCGUUCUCCGGGCGCGGGAGGCUGAGCAGGGGCUGCGGCGGCAGCGGGGCUCGAGCGGUCACGUUCCCGCCCACCGGCGGGCUCCGGGGCUCCCGCAGGGCCGCCAGGCGCGGGCGGGGGCGGCGGGCAGAGCGUGCGGGCGGCAUGGAGGCACUGGUCCUGCUCAACGCCCUGGCCACCCGGCUGCUGUUCUUGCUGCACUCGCUGGUUGGGGUCUGGCGAGUGACCGAGGUGAAGAAGGAGCCGCUGUACUGGCUGCUCGCGCUGCUCAACCUCUUGCUCUUUCUGGAGACUGGGCUCACCCUCAAGUUCAAGCGCGGCAGAGGCUACAAAUGGUUUUCACCAGCCAUAUUUUUAUAUCUGAUUAGCAUUGUUCCAUCAUUAUGGCUUCUUGAAAUGCACCAUGAGACCCAGCAUUGCAGUAGCCAGUCUGAAGGAACGUCACAAAAUACCAGCAGCAAAGAAAACUUCAAUCAAACUCUGAUGUCAAGCGAACAAUCCAAUGGAGCAGGUGAUCUCAUUAAGACGGCCAGAGUUUUUGUAAAUAACUUAUCCACAGUGUGUGAGAAAGUUUGGACUUUGGGACUCCAUCAGACAUUCUUGCUAAUGCUCAUAAUUGGAAGAUGGCUCCUACCCAUCGGAGGUGGCAUUACUCGGGACCAACUCUCUCAACUUCUCCUUAUGUUUGUGGGGACAGCUGCUGACAUACUGGAAUUCACAAGUGAGACCCUGGAGGAACAAAAUGUGAGGAAUAGCCCUGCCCUAGUCUAUGCCAUCCUUGUUAUAUGGACCUGGAGCAUGCUGCAGUUUCCACUUGACCUGGCAGUACAGCAUGUCGUCUGCCCCUUGUCUGUGGCAACGAAGGGGUUCCCCAGCCUGUUUUUUUGCCAGUACAGUGCUGAUCUGUGGAAUAUUGGAAUCAGCAUCUUCAUACAAGAUGGCCCCUUCCUUGUCGUGCGUCUCAUUUUGAUGACCUAUUUCAAAGUGAUAAACCAGAUGCUGGUGUUCUUUGCCGCAAAGAAUUUCCUUGUGGUAGUGUUACAACUCUAUCGCUUGGUGGUGCUGGGGAUGGAUGUCCGUGCUUCCUUGAGAAAUCAGCCAGGAAGACUAAAGGCAGAGCACAGCUGCCCAUGUGAACAAGCUGUGAGUGAGAUCUCACCUGGAGACUGGGCGCGUGGUUCUAAUGGGGGCUUGGAUACCCCCUUGCAGGCCUUGCCUGUCACCCCUGAGGACUCUCACCCCACACCGUAGUUCCUUACUGACAGCAGCAUGCAGCUAGAACAUUCGACUUUCUGGUUCCUCUUACAGACAGAAUCCCCCCCCCUUUUUUUUUUAACUUUGGCAUAUAAUAAUUUUCAAAAGAACAACAUAAAAAGUAAAGCCAAAGCCGAGGAAUUUUCUUUUUUUGACUGAAUGGAAAGAACUUUGAUUAGUGCCUAUUGCUACAACUUCUGUGUGAUGGUAUCAGAUGUUAUAGUUGUUCAACGACUAAGUGAUUUGUUUGUCUUGAACUGUUUGAAAAACUAUGGAUGGGGUUACAGUGACAUGCCCUCAAAAGAUUUAGUGCAGACAAACUGUCACGGCUCUUACCUGAAAAUAGAGAAGCUUUGAACUUUGGCUCCAUUGUCAGACUAUCUCAUCUGAUCUUUUCUGCAAUGUCCCUGACAUCAAAAAAUGUACAUUCAGUGAAUGCAGAACAAAUGAAGGGAAAAGUGCUUUUAAAAUUACCUCACUGUGAGCUGGAAGCAGUGAAAAUCUCUGCCCAGCUUCCAUAGCAUUGAGAGCCCUCUUCAUUGCUGCACAGACCUUCCCAGGAAAAUCAUUUUUCUGGGCUGAUGUGGUAUUCUGUCAUGGCGCAUAUGCUCCUACAGAAAUAUUAUUGCUUCUGGCUUGGACACUGUGAAAUUCAUAGCAAGCCAUUUUGGUUGUGAGGCAGGAAAUACUGGUAAUGCUAGCAAAGUCACAAUUUCCACCCUGAAACAUGAUUUGUGGUAUUUGUCAGUAUUUUUCUUAACUCUACCAUUUUCUCCAAUGCCAAGUCGAAUUAUGUGGGUUGGUGAAAGGAAGCACCGAGGCAGUGAAUAAAGGUGUUUCAGGCCCUUUAAGUGUUAUCACAGUUUCUGGAGUCCACCAGCGGUGGACCGAAUUCCCCUAAGCUGCCACUACCACCUUUGCUGCCUUUGCUCUCAGAGAAGGUGUUGGGGCUGGAGGCUGGCAUCAGCCCUACACACAGCCAACAGCCCUUGAUCAGUGAUGGGGCUCAGAGCUCAGAAGAUGCCACAGCAUUGUGGAUAUCAGAAAAGUCUCUUUUCUUGCCUUCAUUACGACUUCACUUCCCCAGUGUUGAAAUAGCCAUACUUUACCCUUUAUACAUGUAGGUACUUCCCAGAUGGAGGUCAUUCAGAACCUUUUGAAAUGAUUUUUGCUUUUAAGAUACAGCGUGGAAAGUUAC